AUGCAACUUCCAACUUUUGGAGAAGUGUUUUUAACAACAGAUGAUGUUCAGGGAGGUUUGGAGAACUUGAAGCUGUUUAAGGGAAAACUAAUUAGCAGUUUAUGUGGUGGUUGUAGGAAAUUGUUUGUAAUUGAAGAAGGAUUAGAUAAUCAAGGGAUAAUAUCAACAUUGCAUUCACCUGAGCAUGACGAGUAUGAUUAAACAUUUUCACAAGAUUCACAUAAUUUAUAAUCAUUUGAUUUCAAAGGAUCAAUCAAAACAAUAGUGACUGGGAAAAAGCAUACAGUUUUCUUAAGUGAUUAAGGAGAUAUUUAUAGUUAUGGUUAUGGAGAAUAUGGAGCAUUGGGACAUGGUGGAAUAAUAGAGUUACCAAUACCUAAGAAGAUUAUACGAAUUUCAAAGGUUGAUACAAUUGCUUGUGGCGAGUAUCAUACUUUAGCAUUAAGUAAUGGAGAUUUAUUUGCAUGGGGAAGAGGGUUUGAAGGAUAAUUAGGAAUUAGAAAGGACGUUGAAACAGCAGCAUCUCCUAUGUUUUUAAGUUACUUUUAUAAGAACAAAAUUUAAUUGAUUGCAUGUGGAGCCUAUCAUUCACUGGCUGUAGAUUAAUAAGGAGCAUUGUAUGGUUGGGGAGAGGCUAGAUUUGGUUAAUUGGGAACAGGUAGAAAGGUUUCUGAACAAUUGCCAUCUAGAAUAGACUUCCCGCCUGAGUAGCCAAUGAAUUAGAGUGAGUUAAGAGUAGGUAAAUUCUUGCCUUAAGAAACUUCCUUUUAAGUAGUUUCUAUUUCAGGGGGAUAUGGACAUUCUGCAGCUGUUACAUCUACAGGGGAAUUAUAUACUUGGGGGUUUAAUCAGAGAGGACAAUUGGGAAAUGGAGAUAAAGAUAAGAAGAGUAGUUAUUAUCCAAAAAGAUUAAUGCAAGAUAUCAGUGGAAUUUAAUUGCCUGGUUUUAAUAAGGUUAUGUGUGGAUAUUACACUACAUAUGCUAUUGAUCAAAAAGGAGGUCUUUGGAGUUGGGGUGGAGGUAAUCUUGGUCAUCAAAAUGAUAAAUUAGUAGAUUUACCAAGAAAAAUAGUAUUAGAGGAUCGCAAAUUCACUAACAUGUAUGCAAAUGGAUAAGCUGCAGCCUUCUUUGCUUCUUUAAGAACAAUCUCUAUGAAACCUAAUCAUGGACCUUCUACUGGAGGCACCAUUAUUAGUUUGAUUGGUACAGGAUUCUGUGAUACUGGCAGAUAAAGUGCAAGAUUCAAAUUAGGUGAUUAAUAUACUGAGGUUGGAUGUGAAUAUGAUUCUUUAACUGACAGUUUCAGAUGUACAACUCCAAAUUUUGAAGAACAUCUUGAUAAAUAUCCAGUUGAAUGUGUAGUCGAGGUCACUCUUGAUGGUAAUGUGUAUGUUGAAUGUGAGUAGAAGUUUCUAGUGUAUUCAUCCAAAAUUGUUAUUUCUUCACUCUAACCUAAAUGUGCAUCCAUCUAAGGAGGAACAACACUCAUUAUCAAUAUCAAUAUAGAUGAUCUGACUGCCUCCUAUAUGAAACAUUUGAAUGUUGGAUUUCAACCAAGAAAUAAGAAGAAGGAAGAUAAAUCCGCUAUGAAAUAAAGCACUAACAAACCAUUGAAUCCUUUGGAUCUCAGUAUCAAUGAUCCUGAAUUAGAUAAAGAAAACUGGAUGUGUGUUGAAGGCUUUUAUGAAAAGGGAAAGAUCUCUUGUACUAUCCCUAAUGUAAGUUAAUUACAAACAGACAGUCUUAACUUUAAUGUCGAUGUAAGUAUCAAUGGAUAAUAAUUUACUGGAAACCCUAUGGUCUUUAGAUUUUAUGAUAUUUAAAUAAAGGAAUUACAACCAGAUAAUGUUAUGUCUGAAGGAGGAGCUUCUGUUAAAAUUAUAGGUGAUGGCUUUUUUGAUACAACCAAUAAAAGAGUGAUCUUUAAAACUCUAUUUGGAGAAAGACUCAUUGAAAUCAUGUGGGAUAAGCAAGAUAGGUUUUAUUCCUUUGUUGCUCCUCCUUUAUCAUGGCUCUUAGGUGGAUAACAACCUACUCCAGAGUUGCUUAAUGCUGUUAAAGCCAAUGGAGUCACUGCUUUAUUAACACUUUCUGGUAUUGAAUGGAUACCCAUUGGAACAUUCUAUUACAUUGAUCCAGAAGUCUUGCGUCUUGGUCCUUUCGUUGUUGAUGAGAAAUUACCAGAAGAAUAGAAGAAAUUAUUAAUUCAUUAAGAAGAAUAGGAGGUCGACCAUUUAAAGGAUUUACAAGGAGCUGAUUUAUAAAAGAAGAAAGAUGAAGUCUAGAAAUAGUUGGAGGCUGAAGAAUAAGAAAUCAAUUACUUCUUCAAGAAGGCUGGUCAUUAUUUGAGUGUCUAUGGAGAAAAUCUAGCCAAUACUGAAUCUCUUUUAGUUUAAUUCAUUUUCAACGGCAACAUGGCUGUUAAUUAAAAGGCUAUAUUCAAAAAUAAAAGCAAAUUAGUAGUAUAAAUUCCUGAAUUAGAGUUGCCGACAGGAAUCCAUGACGUUGGUGUGGAAAUUACAUUCAAUGGCACCUCAUUUAGUCAUUCUGGAAAAGUAUUUAAAUAUAUGGCAUUUGAUAAAUCGUUGAAUGAACAGUAGAAAUUAAAGUUGGAAGACGAGGAAAUUAAGAAAUUAAAAAAAACAUAACCUAAAAAGAAAUGA